AUGAAUUCCAACGACGCCCCAAACCGCCUGCAGCUCAACUUUGGCUUCAACAACGACCGAAACAACAAUUACGCCGGCGAUGCAGGGCGGCAGUAUCCCACCACCCCCUCGACCUUCCCUCAGCCCGUGUAUCCGAACCAAUCGGGCCAGCAGGAGGUCUGGGGCGCCCAGCAAACAAACAACGGCUAUGGAAAUGCGAACUACUUCAUGAGCAACCCGUAUCAAACCGCCUACCAGCAGCAACACCCUGCUGGUCAACACCCCGCUGGAUACAACGUCAACGACGCCACGAACGGCCUCGUCCACCAAUUCUCCCACCAGAACCUCGGCGGGAACUCCCCGCGCUCCGGCAGCCCGUUCGCUCGGCAGCCCUCGCCGAACCAGCCACGACCGAAGACGGCGGGGACAUCGAACCAGCCGCAGCCGCAGCCGCAGCCGCAGCAUUCGAACAACUUCCUCGCACCAACCGUCCCCAGCGCCAGCAGCGCGCCGGUGGAGGAGGAGGCGCCGCCGAAGCAGCCAGAGAAAUAUGGCGAUAAUAUAUCGAAGAAGGCGAAGAUGACCACGGGGCUGGUCGCGCAGUUCUUCAAGGAUAACGUGCAGCGGGCAAGGGAUAGGAAUGGACGGGCGCUGGAACUCGAGCAGAUCGUGAAUGACCACUCCAUGCCGGAAUCCCGAAAGGAACAGAAACGGAACAACAUGGUCCGGGCGGAGGCUCAAUAUCUGCGAUUCCUCCGCACCAAGGAGAAGCCGGAGAACUUCAAGACCAUCAAGAUCAUUGGAAAGGGGGCUUUUGGGGAGGUGAAGUUGGUGCAGCGCAGGAAUGACGGCAAAAUCUACGCAUUGAAGUCGUUGGUUAAGACCGAGAUGUUCAAAAAAGACCAGUUGGCACACGUUCGAUCUGAGCGAGAUAUUCUCGCGGAGUCCGAUAGUCCUUGGGUGGUGAAACUGCACACGACAUUCCAGGACAACACUUUCUUGUACAUGCUCAUGGAGUUCCUUCCUGGUGGAGAUCUCAUGACCAUGUUGAUCAAAUACGAGAUAUUCACCGAGGACAUCACUCGGUUCUACAUGGCCGAACUUACGCUUGCUAUCGAAGCCGUACAUAAGUUAGGCUUCAUCCAUCGCGAUAUCAAACCCGACAACAUCCUCCUCGACCGCAACGGCCACAUCAAGCUCACCGACUUUGGCCUCUCCACCGGCUUCCACAAAGAGCACGAAGCCUCCUACUACCAACAACUCCUCUCCGGCGGCAAGCACCGCUCCUCCCGCGACAACCGCCAAUCCAUCAACUUCGACCAAAUCCACCUCACCGUCUCCAACCGCGCGCAGAUCAACACCUGGCGCAAAUCCCGUCGCCAGCUCGCCUACUCCACCGUCGGCACCCCGGAUUACAUCGCCCCGGAGAUCUUCAGCGGGAAGGGCUACGACUUCGGCUGUGAUUGGUGGAGCGUCGGCACCAUCAUGUUCGAGUGCCUGAUCGGCUGGCCGCCCUUCUGCGCUGAGGAGCCGCACGACACCUAUCGGAAGAUCGUCGACUGGCCUCGCCAUCUGCACUUCCCGCCGGACUCCCACCUCGGCCCGGAAGCCGAGAACAUGGUUCGAGGUCUCAUCUGCGACCCCGAAAACCGCCUCGGCCGCAUCUCUGGUGCCCACGAAGUCAAGACCCACCCCUUCUUCCGCGGCGUGCAAUGGGACACUCUGCGCCGCAUCCGCGCCCCCUUCGAACCCCGCCUCACCUCCAGCGUCGACACCCAGUACUUCCCCAUCGACGAGAUCGACCAGACGGAUACGAGCGCCCACAUGCGCGCGCAGACGGCAGCUGCUGGAGAGGAUGUCGCGGCGGAGAUGAAUUUGCCGUUUAUCGGGUAUACGUAUAAGCGGUUUGAUGCGUUCCGGGGGUCGUGA